AUGAAGCUCACAGCCUUCAUCGUUCUGGCGGAGCUCGUUCGCCUGGUCGUUUCCGAACGCCGACCAAACCUGCAGUGGGAUCCAGAGACCGCCAAAGACUGUGUCGAAUGGUUCGAUGGUGGUUGGGAUUUGUCGUGUGAAGAGACGCGCAAGAUGUUCGGCAUUAGUCCUGAGCUAUUUCAUAAAUGGAACCCUUCGGUUGGCCUUGACUGUAAGCCUUGGAACUUCCAAUCAUAUUGCGUUCUCACGCAGGAGAGGGUCGAUACCGAGCCACCGAAAUGGACUUCAACAAUCUCUACAACUACGACCACGGCAACCUCAUCUACAGUCACUCCUUCUCCUACUUCUUGGACCGACAUAGGGUGCUAUGUGGAAGAUCCGACAUUCCCACUUCUCGACCAAAAUAUGAGCCCUAAUGGAGACGCAUCCUUGACCAUCCCUGAUUGCAAAGACACCUGCUAUCGCGAUACCUACAGAUUCGCGGGUGUACAGGAAGGCAAUCAAUGCUGGUGUGGCACUUACGUCAUCGGGCAAUGGGCGAAGAAUCAGACCGACUGUAACGUUCCCUGCACUGGAGACAAGACGACAUAUUGCGGUGGAAAGGGAUUAUUGAAGAUAUUUCAAGAAGCAGGUUGGAAAGAGGAGGCUACACGAACGGUUGUCUCAGGAAGCAGCAUUACAAGCACCAACACCGCCAGUACUAGCACGAGCCAGCUCGCGUAA